UAAGGAGUGCUAUAUUUGGGUCAUUGACAUUACAUUUGCUACUGUGUGUGAAGUCAGGAGAGAAAGACGAAAUGGCUACAAGGAUAAUAUAUAUAAUUCUGCUUAAAUGUGUUGUUUUAUUUUCUUGUGUGUACUGUGUACACGGAUAUAUGAACCUAUUCAUCAGUCCAGCUGAAGUUAAAAGAUUAGUUGGUGUUUCAGCAGAGCUGUAUUAUAUCCGAGAAGGGAAGAUCAACCGUGCAGCCACAAACUAUCCUUUAGCAGUCCCAACAGGAAUAAAUAAACUAUAUUACACAUGGUAUAGUGAGAGGCAGGUUUAUUAUUCAAUGUCUGUGAAGUCCAAGAAUCCAAGGAUUUUAUAUCAUCCAAGCUUGAAUAUCACAAAGGAUGGGAAAGUCCCUCUCAUUAAAACAGUGUUUGAGAUGCAACUAGAAUGCACAGGCCAUGAAGGAGGCGAAGCAAUCAUCGAACUUCAAGUCAACCUUACGUUGUACUCAGCCAGCAAUAUCACCACACUCAAUACCAUUAGAACCAAAUUGUGCCAAGGAAUUCCAGGAAGUGUUCCAAUUCGACCCAGAGAUCCUAUUGAGAGAGAGGACCACAGACCAAUGACUAACAACUCACAUCUAGUCACCGAGUCUAAAGUGAAAGCUGUAACAUCAACCAGUGUGUUCUACAUAGCAGUAGGAGUGGUCUGCGGUAUCAUCAUGCUGUUUGUGUUGGUGGUAGCACUCAUCCACGUCAAAACAAUGAGAUCAUCUGAUCCAGCAAGUAGUGACGCGAGUAGUACUGGAUUGAUAAACGGAGGCAGGCAACCGGAGCACCCCAAUUUCCCCAAGAUACAGGAGCCAAAGGUCAACGGACUUUCCAAUGGAAAUGGUUACAACUCACUUCAAUAUCAGAUCUGUCCUUCGUUAGCAGAAGCAGAAGACUUGAGAUUGAAAUUAGCUCCAUAUGCCAUUGAGAGAAGUAGAAUCACUCUUGGUGAAGUUUUGCAAGAAGGGACAUUCGGUCGCGUUCACCAGGGUGUCUUAAUCAGUCCAGCAGGAGACUCAGAAAAGGAUGUUUUCAUCAAGACAGUAACAGAUGAUUCGUCAGAGGAACAGCGCCACCUGUUGGUGAAAGAGAGCUGUCUCCUGCAGGGUCUAAGUCAUAAAAACAUCUUACCGUUGCUUCAUGUGUGUUUCUCCGAUCCUCCCUUCAUCCUGGAGUCAUUUAUGAAGCUUGGAAACCUGAAGCAGUUUCUCAAGGAUGGACGUAUCGGCCCAGGAGACAAACACCAGGCAAUAUCAACUCGGGAUCUGGUUCACCUUGCCAUUCAGAUCACACAUGGUAUGAUGUACCUGGGUAAAAAGAGACUCGUUCAUAAAGACCUCGCUACUAGGAAUUGUGUAAUUGAUGAGGACUAUAACUUGAAGAUCACAGACAAUGCUUUGGCAAGAGAUCUCUUUCCGAGUGACUAUCAUUGUUUGGGAGAUAAUGAGAACAGGCCCGUUAAGUGGAUGGCUGUAGAAUCUUUAGUUCAUAAGAAAUUUUCACAUGCUAGUGAUGUGUGGUCAUUUGGAGUGACCCUUUGGGAGCUGGUCACCUUGGGUCAGACGCCGUACAUGGACCUUGACCCCUUUGAGAUGGCCACUUUCUUGAAGAGCGGUUACCGCAUGCCUCAGCCACCGAGCUGUCCUGAUGAACUCUUCAACCUGAUGGCCUGUUGCUGGGCUCUCAUGCCUCAGGACAGACCCAAGUUCAGUCAGCUGUGCGCUGCCCUUACAGACUUCCAUCGCACCCUCGGCAUCUACAUCUAAGCUUCCCAGCUGCCUCUCGGAACUCUGAAGCAUUGUUCAGACGUGGCACCGUCAACGCAACAAUCCUGGUACAUGUAUACAAAGCAUUUGAUCUAUGAGUAUCCCAACAAAUUUGCGGAGACAAGGGAACAAUUCUUCUUUCCAUUAUCAUGGACCAAUCAUCUAAGGAAGUUGCAACGCACAAGGUGUGCAAAGCCAUUCAUCCGUGAAAUGACCCAAAAAAUUGCAGAUAAAAAGGAGCAUUUCUUCUCAACUGGCUAUUUGAAUUGUGCAUCAAUUUUAAGAAAGUUUGUGCCACUUUGAGAGUUUGUAAAGACAUGUAGCUGAUUGGCUGUUAAAACCUUGUUUCUGAAAAUUUAGAUAAUCAGAGGAGAACUCAGAAAAAGCUUUAUUUUAGAGUUGUGACCUUAGUAGCAACACAUUUUUUCUAGAUAAAAAUUUCUCUGCAGAUAUUAGGAGACUGUUUUCAGACAAUGUGAGGUUACCACCUUUGCCAUAAUUCUAAAAUGCAGAUUUUUCUGACCUGUUCUCAAAGUGUUUGAACUUCAAGAUGCAAGGUUUUAACAGCACACGGGAUGAUGUCUGAAUGCACAAAUGUUGCAUUGGUACAUUACAAAGGUUUGCCAUGCAGUGUCUGAACAGAGCAUUAUCUAAAAACAGAGUGUAGAUCCCAAGGUGGAUCCCUUCCAGUAACUUCUAUGUGUGCAGAGCAUCAAAUGAUGCUUGUAAAAUGAGAGUAGUGUAUGCAAAUGGUCUGUUGUUCCGUGGGCAGUAGACAAAUUAGUAUUUGACCGCUUCAAGUAUUUCUCUGCUGUCAUUAUUAAGAGAGACAUUCAUGUAUAGCUAUGUGUAGACCAAAGUCUGAUCAUCUAUUUGUAUUCAGCAACAACUCUUUGUAUUUUCAUGUUAUAACUACAACAAUAUUAAUGCAAAUGGUAUAGAGUCACAUAAUGUGUUGAUAAUUGCUAUUAACUGCAACAUAGUCUAUCGUUUUCAUUAUUGUGUGGAUAGAAUAGAAAGACAACUUUACAAAUAAUGUACUUGCUUCUAUUGCUUAUCCAUCUUCAAUUCCUAUUGCCCUUCGGAAUUCAUUCACAAAACAUAGUUGAUGAUAAUGAAAUGUGAUUUUUUUAUAUAAAGGGUAGAGAUUUUUCAUCUUUUAAUAAUUUUGUCAUGAAUGGAAAUAUUUGAUAACAAAUUAUUUAUGCUUGUAUCCAAAUUAAAUGUUGAUUUUAAAAAUGUAAGUGAUAUGUGUAAAGCCAAAUGGGAAAUUCAUACUAACUAUCAUAUUCUACUUGCAAAAUGUCAGUACUGUUUUUUUUUUUUCAUACAAUACUUGCCCUUGCCCUACAGUAUACUGCAUUUUCAAAAAUCUUAAUUUGUCUAAAUUUCAUUAUUCUCAGGAUUGUUUGUUUAUACAUGUAAGAUUUUAAAGUCAAAUCUAAAAGUUAAAAUCAUGGCCUGGUGAAAUAUAUUUUUAAGGUUAGUUGAUUUUAUCUGUGCUUUUGACAACAUUUUUCCCUCUAUGCAUUUUAUAUUCUUAAUCUAAAUAGUCCACAACAGUUAAAAAAAAAGGACUGUGAGGAUUUUUGUUUGUUUGUAACAAAGGGAAUGUCUGUCUUUCCUUCACUGUGCAGUUAAUUCAUUUGUAAAUAUUGUGAUAAUUCUUUUGGUGCUUUAAUUUCCUUAUGUUUUAUUUUUUGCUAUUAUUGUAAUGUGUCCCCCCUGAACCUGCUUUAUACAUAUAGUAAAUGCAUGUAUAAAUAUUGUAGUACUACUUGAACAUGAACUACCAUUUUGUAGAAUUUGAUUGUUAGAUACUUGAUUAUGACUGACAUUAUUAACCCUUUACCCAAAAAAACUUUAGAAUACUUUAAAAGAAAAAAAAAAUGCAAAUUAACACAGUAUACGUAUCAACAUUAAAACAGGGUAGAGUACUUAUUUCUUUGUGAUUGAAAAACUUGGAUCAUUUGUCAUUAUAACACCUGUAAAUAAUGCUGAUUUUGUAAUACUAAAGUGUUUUUUAUUAUGAUUGAAAAAGCAGUCAUUGUAGAAGUGCUAUACAAGCACAUGUACAUCUGUAAAUCUCCAUGGUAAUAAUACACAAAGUUUUUAUAGUACUGUUGUCUGUUGGUAGUAUAAUACAAAUAGAUAAAUUUAAAGGUAAAUGCUAGUUUUGGUAACGAUAUCAAAAUGAGUUCGUACAGAAUCCAAUGAAAUGACCACCAAAGUGUCUGUUUGUAUAAAUAAAACGCAUGUGCCAAAGGAUUCUGGAAGAAAUUGUGUAAUUGCUGAGAAAUCAGCAAAUAAGCACAGGAUUCGGGUAGAGCGUCGGGCCCGACGCUCAAAGCAAUAAUUAUACACUGUCCCACGUGCGCUUAUCUGUGUUGGGGAAGUUCAGUCUGAACAUUUUUCAGCGUAGAUUUCAAGAUUUCACAAAGUUCAGUUUAUGUAACUGUACCAGAUCUAAAUCCUCGAUGAUAUACUGACAAUUAAGCCUGGUUUUACAGACUUUCUCAUGAAAUCAGCUACUGGAAUUUCUCUUUAACAGGUUGAGGACUUUUUUUGGUACAUGCAAACCUUUGCCAAAUAAAUUUGUAGUUGUAGGAGUACCCCCAAAAAACACAAUCGAAAAGUGCAUGCAGUACCUUAUCUGCAAAGCAUGGGACGCGAGCAUAAAGAAAAAGGCUAUAAUAUUAUUUUCAAAUGUACUGUGAAUGAUUUCAUUGGACUUAUAUUGGUAUGAUAAUUAUAAAGUACAGUACUUAAAAGCUGCUCAGAACUGAUUUAUUGAUGGCGCUUCAUGCAACGCUUGUGCAUAUCCCCUAGGAGGAGCAAUGAUAGCGUCAGAGUAAAUUCGCACAAAUUUAAGGAAACCUCACUCGCGUUUGUGUUUGCAUUGCCUCGACACUUAGAUUCGGUCAUGAAUAAUUAUGCACAUUGCUUAUUAAAAUAACUCCAACUUGUUUGCUUUCUCAUUUUAUAAUGAGUUCUCUUUUUGAAAAUUGAUAAAUUUCUUCCAUUAUUGAUACAAAUGAUGAGGAUAACAUUUAUCAGUGGUAUGCGUGAUUGGCAGAAGAAAAACUUUCAUCGAGAAGGUUUAUUAUUUCAUUUAUAAAAUACAUUCAUAUAUCAAUUCAUAAAAAUAUGCAUAUAAAACAGUAAAAAUACUUUACAAUGUAUCAAGUAUUCAGUUGGGUUCCUAAAAUCCAUUUCCGAGGCUUAAUUCUAUGAAAAUGCUAUAUUCAUUGUUUAAAUGGUAUUAAAAAUCAACGCAUGUAAUAAACACAUAACAAGGUCAUAGAUGUGUGUAGUGAAUAUAAAUAGAGUUUUAUCAAGCAUAGAAUUUACUUUAGUUUGGAAAUGUUUGUGUACAAAAUUCUAUGCUCUAUAUAGUACUACAAUAAUGCUACUAGCACAAUACAUGUAUGUAAAAAUGUAACCUAUUUGCAUUGGUAUGAUGUAAAACAUGUAAUAUAUUUUUGCUUUGUAUAAUGCAAUUAUUUAUUUGUGUACAGGCUUUCUACGAGUGUAUGAUAUCAUUGGCUAUAGGAAAAUUACUAGCUUGUCUUGAUCAGUAUUUAGAGUUGUUAUACAUUAGAAGAUAUUUAUUUGUGUUUUGAGAUUGGAAAAUUAAGAAGUAAUCAAUGCAUAUUAUGUUGUGAUUUGACCCCCACUCCCUUGCAGAUCUUAUUACUGGGUUUGACCCCUGUGCUUUAUGCACAGAUUUUUAUUAUGCAGUGACCAUUUGUGAAAACUGACUUCAAUAUAUAGUAAACUAUAUAAGCCAAUGAUCAGGAGCACGUUACACAAAGCCUAGUGAUUGAUCUUAAGGCUGAUUUUUAGAACUGAUUGCACACAGUAAUCAAUGCUAUUAAUUGUAAAAAACUCAACUUUACAAUCAAUAGCUAAGCUUUGUGUAACAGACCCCAAACGAUGUUAACUUUCUGAAACGUAUUUACUCGUUUCACCACUAUCGAUACAGAAUGAUUUUAUAUUGGCCUAAGAAAUACAUACAGGUAGGUAAAAUCAUCAAUUUAUGACUCAUUCUAGAAUUUGUAGCAAUCAUUUGGUUUUGAUAAGGAAGAAGAAUGUCGAAUUUGUGUUGUUAAUUCAUCCCAAUGAAUGAGUUUUCAACUUUCUUUCAUGUAUAUACAUCAGGCAGAGGGCGACAGGCGAUUUCGUCCUCAUGAGAGCCCAACUAGCCCCUAAAUUUCCCCAAAAAGUAUGCUUUGGGGCGACCAUUCUUUUUUGAGUCGCCCCAAGAUCUGUCACAAACAAUAUUCAAGAUAAUGGCAGAAUGGUAUUUGCAUUCAAGGUCUACUGCAUAAUUACUUGUUGCCCCCAAAAAAUAGCCCUUAAAAUGAAAUAAGUGGUCCACAAAAUUCUGCCAUCACCCCAAUGUCAAGAAAAAGAUAGCCCAUAAAAAAUUAUUCCAACCCUGUUAUACAUGUACCUACUAACUUUGAUACAUUAAGGUACUUUCAAGAUUGGAUCUUAUAUUCAAUGAUCAUUCUUUGAUAUGAAUUAUAAUGUUAUGUACAAUGUAGUACACUAAUAUACAAAGCUGUAGCUACUUUUAACUUUAUUAUCCAUGAACAUGUAUGAUAUAGACCUAUGUAACAGUAUAAUGAUGAUGUAUGCAUUUGUGCAUUAAAGAACACUGUAAAACUUUGUUUUAAAAAUAGUUUAUCAAAAUGGGUGAAUUGACAAGUACAUGUAAUCUGAAUCACUACGCCAUCCAUUGCAAAAUGUAUUCAAGAUUAAAAUGAUAGAAUAGCUUUAAAACGAGUCAGUAUUUGAAUAUUAUAACUUGAUAGAUGUUUGAUGCCAUCGCAACAAUAUUUAACUUUUGGCAAUCUAAUAAUACACUUUCAGGAUUGACCACCUGUAUGAAACAAACCCACAAAUAAUGUGGUAUUUUGUUCUGAUAAUACAAAGUUUGAUGCCUUUUUGUGUCAAGCAUGGGACAUUUAUUAAUGGAAUAUGUAUUCAAUAUAGAUAUAUAGCAAAGCUUUAAAAUGAGUCAGUAUUCAGAAGUUAUACAUAUAGAUCAGAUUGGAUUAUGUAAUUGAUUUGUAUUCUUUCACUUUUAAUAUAUUCAUUCAGCUAUUCAUUAGCAACAUCACUAUAAAUUAAUUACCAAUAGACCAAUUUAUAGCCAUAGAAUGUACAUGUAUUUACAAAUACUCCAUUAAUAUUUGAUUUUGAUAUGAACACCUUUAAUGUUUCUUUUAUUGAUAAAUUGGCUGAAAAAAUUGGUAUUUUUUUAAUGCUGCAUACAUGUAGCUUUGUUGCAAAAAUAUAUAUCAUUAACCAUUAAUAGACCAUGUGAUGUACUGUAAAGACACCGUAAGGAAAGCACCAUUUCCACGCAGAACAUUAGCAAGUAUUUUAAUUUGUCAUGUGUUUCAUGUAAAUGUAUAAAAAAAUUGUGCAAAUAAGAUUGUGCUUUCAGAGAUAAAAACUUAAUCAACAUACAGAUCACAAUUUGCACCUUGCACAAAUGUUUGAAACAACAAAAAUUUUCAUUGAAACCUUGAAACAACGAAAAAAAUUAGCUAUAAAUGUAUUGCCAAAUGAUG